UACAAUCCUUUUAUUAUAUUUAGGUGGAUGGCUAAUAUAAAUAUUCAACUAUAUACUAGUAUAAAUACUAUAUUUAAUUACGUAGCUAAAUACGUUUCGAAAGCCGAAAAAAGGACGAAGUCUUACAACGAGAUUGCUACGGAGAUUAUUCUUCAAAUUACGGCUAGGAAUUUAAUUAAGUAA